AGGGGCUGUGUCCUGGGGAGGGACUAACCAGGCCUUCUCCAGCCCACUUCCGCCUCUUGCCUAUCCGCGGAGUACUCGGCGCCAGAACAGGACUCCUGGUGCUGUGUUGCUCUUGAGCAUUUCGUUUUUCCUUGUCAGAUUUUAUCUUGAGAGGAGACUUGAGAGCUCUGUGCUCUCAGGAUAGCAUUCUUCUCCACAUGAAGAGAAAGGAAGAGGUGGAACUGACAGGGAUUGAGCUGGUUAAAGCCAUGUCUCUGGGUUCAGUGACUUUCACAGAUGUGGCCAUAGACUUCUCCCAGGAUGAAUGGGAAUGGCUGAAUCUUGCUCAGAGAAGUUUGUAUAGAAACGUGAUGUUGGAGAACUAUAGGAGCUUGGCCUCAGUAGGUCUUUGUAUUUCUAAACCAGACAUGAUUUCGUUUUUGGAGCAAGAGAAGGAUCCCUGGGUAGUACCAGGAGAGAUGUCAGGAAGUCCAUGCACAGACCUGGAGUAUAUGUGGUCGUCCAAGGAAUUCUCUUUGAACCAGGACAUUUAUGAAGAAGAUUUAUCUGAGGAAGGACCUAUAAGCUGUGACCUUGAAAGUUUCACAUUCAAGGAAAACUGGGAAUGUGAGGACUUGUUGGCGAGUGAACCAGUGAAUCAGAAGACACACUUGAAGCGAGAGAUGAUCCCUCACGUAGAUAACCUUAAUGAGAAAACAGACUAUUCUGUCAAAUCUGGGACAGAUUUUCAUCUCAGUACAUUAUCUUAUAUAAAACAGAUUUUUCCCAUGAAAGAGAGAAUAUAUAAUUUUGAUACAGAUAUGAAAACACAUUCAGUUGUGAGAAAAUGCAAGCAAGUUUAUGGAAAAAAGAAACUUUUAAAAUGUAGUGACUGUGAGAAAACGUUCAACAAAAUCUCAGCCCUUACUCUUCAUCAAAGAAUUCACACUGGGGAGAAACCCUUUGGAUGUGUUGACUGUGGGAAGGCCUUCAUCCAGAACGCUCAUCUCAUGCAACAUCGGAGGAUACACACGGGAGAAAAACCCUUUGGAUGUAAGGCAUGUGGAAAGGCCUUCAGCCAGAGCGCUCAUCUCGUUCAACACCAGAGAGUUCACACUGGGGAAAAGCCUUAUCGGUGCAAGCAGUGUGAUAAAGCCUUCAAGCAGCUUACACACCUUGCUCAACAUCAGAGAGUUCACACUGGAGAGAAACCCUAUGAAUGCGGUGAGUGUGGGAAGGCUUUUAGCAACUGCUCAUCCCUAGCUCAUCAUCGUAGGAUCCACACUGGGACAAGACCCUAUGAAUGUAUCGACUGUAGAAAAGCUUUCAGACAGAAUGCUGCCCUCACACGUCAUCGGCGAUACUGUCAUACUGGAGAGAAACCUUUUGAUUGCGUUGACUGUGGGAAAGCUUUUAUUGACCACAUAGGACUUAUCCAGCAUAAGCGAAUUCACACUGGAGAGAAACCUUACAAAUGUAGUAUGUGUGAGAAGGCUUUUAGCCGUGGCUCCUCCUUGAUUGUGCAUCAGAGAAUUCAUACAGGAGAGAAGCCUUACGGGUGUAAUAUUUGUAAGAAAGCCUUUAGUCACCGUGGCUCACUUACUCUUCAUCAAAGAGUUCAUACUGGAGAGAAACCCUAUGAAUGUAAGGAAUGUGGGAAAGCUUUUCGGCAAAGAACACACCUUGCUCAUCAUCACAGAAUUCACACAGGAGAGAGGCCUUAUGAAUGUAAGGAAUGCAGCAAAACCUUCAGUCAGAGUGCACACCUUGUGCAGCACCGGAAAGUACACAGUGGAGAGAAACCUUAUGAGUGCCAGGAAUGUGGUAAGACUUUCAGCCAGGUUGCACACCUUGCUCGGCACCGGAGAGCGCAUAGUGGCAAAAAGCCUUGAGUGUAUUGAGUGGGGGAAGGCCUUUAGUGGCGACUCAUGCCUUGUUCAACAUCAGAGACUCCCCACUGGCAAAGACCAUGUGUCUUGAAUGCAAGAAGGCAUUCAGACAGAGGGCAUCCCUGAUUUGUCAUCAGAGGUGUCAUAGUGACUGGCUGGCUGCAGUUGAAAUGAAGGAGUCGGAUGAGAAGGAUGGUGUGCCGGAUGG